CCGGGGGGCGGUCCCUUCGGUCACAGAUCUCACAGACGAACAGAAGCCACAAAGGAGAACGAGGGCUCCCUUCCUCUACGGACACCCGACGCAGGAUGGACGCGUCUCUGAACAGGGGCUGCCUGAGCCGGGCCCGCCCAGGGAUUCGCAAGGAGCCCUGCCGGGCGCGCUUCCCCUCCGCGCCCUCCUCCGAGCCCCGCACCGGGGGCUCGGCACGUGCCGCCGCUUCCGGGCCCGCGGUCCGCCCCACCAGGGGGCAGCCGAGAGGCCGAACGCCCAGCCGAAGCCGGGAGCCGCCCGCUAGUCAGCUAAGCACGUGUCAGGGGGCGGGACCGAGGCCGGGGGCGGGGCAGGAGCGGGCACACGGGAUGAUGGCGGCCGCAGCCGGGGACGCGCGUUCGGUGCUGGUGUACGGAGGUCGGGGCGCGCUGGGCGCCAAGUGCGUGCAGGCCUUUCGGGCCCGCAACUGGUGGGUCGCCAGUAUCGACGUGGUGGAGAAUGAGGAAGCCAGUGCCAGCGUGGUGGUCAAAAUGACCGACUCCUUCACCGAGCAGGCUGACCAGGUGACUGCUGACGUUGGGAAGCUUUUGGGUGAUAAGAAAGUGGACGCGAUUCUCUGCGUGGCUGGAGGCUGGGCAGGAGGCAGUGCCAAAGCCAAAUCUCUCUAUAAAAACUGUGACUUAAUGUGGAAGCAGAGCAUGUGGACCUCCACCAUCUCUAGUCAUCUUGCAACCAAGCACCUCAAGGAUGGAGGCCUCCUGACGCUGGCCGGGGCAAAGGCGGCUUUAGAUGGCACUCCGGGAAUGAUCGGCUACGGCAUGGCUAAGGGGGCCGUCCACCAGCUGUGCCAGAGCCUGGCUGGGGAGAACAGCGGCAUGCCCCCGGCGUCGGCCGCCAUCGCCGUGCUUCCAGUCACCCUGGACACGCCGAUGAACAGGAAGUCGAUGCCCGACGCGGAUUUUGGUUCCUGGACGCCAUUGGAGUUUCUUGUGGAGACCUUUCACAACUGGAUCACGGGACAGAACCGGCCCAGCUCAGGAAGCCUCAUCCAGGUGGUGACCACCGGAGGGAAGACCGAGCUGACGCCGGCUUACUUCUGAGGGUCGCCUGGAACGAGCCUGGCGCCCGCGUGGCCGGCCCACGGCCCCACGUUCCCAGCCAAUCUGUGACCCCCCUUAACGGCGCCAGGUAGAGCACUACUUCCCACCCACCUCACGUGUUUCCGUCUCCUUUUCAAAAGUAUCGGGCGUUCGCUGGAAAUGAGUGCAGGAGGCGUAUGAGGGUGAAGACCCCCAAGGGGCGGAGCUGGGAGGGCUCAGCUGGGGCCGCGGUCUUGGGGAUCCCCCGGCUGCCCUGCUCGGAGCGGGGGCCGGGGCUCUCCUGGGUGGUUGUCGCAGUCGCUCCUCGACUGCCUGAGCGAUAGGUGGGCUUUGGUGGGUUCUGGUUAUUUGUUUUUAAUUGUCAAGGUAGCGUCUGAAUCCAGGAUUCGUCACGGGAGUAAUUGGUGCAGUCCUGACUUAAUUGCCUUAAUGUCCACGACAAUGUUGGAGGGGGCGACUCUCGGCCGAUUGUCCGCAGUGUUCCGGGGGCUUCCCGGCUCCCCUGGGGGGAGGGAUGGUGGUGAAGGAAGUUGGAGGGGGGCAUCAUGGGCGAGUUUGGGCCUUAAUUUCUGCUGCUGAGUUCAUAAUUUUGAACAUUUGAGUCAAGACGGAAGCCGAGCGUGCGGACGGCCCGGUCUCCGAGCGGCCGGAGGGAGAUUUGGGGCUUUCGGGGCGCCCCGGGAGCUGCUUCCGGGAGAGCGCGGCGCGGCGACAGCUUUUCUAAUUGAGCAGUCAGGCGCGUGUCCUCUUUGUCCUUUACUUUUUGAUGUUAUAUAAUUAACUUAAAAUAAAUAGAGACUUGGCCCACCA